AUCGCUCCGUUCAGUUUUCCAGCUCCGUCGUGGAAGCUACUCUCUGUCGAUCCAUCUUCGCCGCGUAUAGGGUCUGACCCGGUUUGCGUCCCGUAGAGCAAUCCUCCCCCCUACCGGAGGAGUCCCGUGACAUCUGCAGAUUAUCUUCGACCUGUUAUUUCUGGACCGACAGCUCCAAACACCGAGUCUAAAGUCCAAAGAUGAGUGGCGGUGCUGCGAAUUUCAAAAAGUGCGGCUCGGUGCUGGUAACCGGAGCUAACCGGGGCCUCGGGCUGGAGUUAGUCAAGCGUCUGGCGAGUGGAGGGUUCUCACCGGGCAAGAUCAUAGCCACGACCCGGAACGCUGCAAAGGCGGAGAAACUUCAGGAACUGGCAGAGAAGCAUCCAAACAUCCACAUAGUCACUUUAGAUGUAGUGAACCAGGACAGCAUAGAGAAGUGUGCAGCAGACGUGGCCCAGCUGGUGCAAGAAGAAGGUCUGAACUGUCUGAUCAACAACGCGGGGAUCAACGUGGUGGCCGACUUUCACUCCGUUACUGCAGAGAAGAUGAUAGAAAACUUCCACACCAAUUCUGUGGCUCCUCUAAUGAUCACAAAGGCCUUUCUGCCUCUGCUGAAGCAAGCGGCAUCCAGAGGAGCAGCAGCUGGCUCGAAGACUAUGGGCAUCCAGAGGGCAGCAGUCAUUAACAUGAGCUCUCUUCUGGGCUCAGUGGAGCUCAACUGGGGCGAGAGGGCCAACAGCUUCAGAUGGUAUCCCUACAGGACCUCCAAGACUGCCCUCAACAUGGUUAGUCGCUGUAUGGCCAUAGACCUGGAGCCUGAUGGGAUUCUGUGUAUGGUCAUUCACCCCGGCUGGGUCCGCACUGACAUGGGAGGACCUGAGGCUCCACUGAGUCCUGAAGAAAGCAUUUCUGCCGUCUUGUCUGUGAUCGGAGGGCUCACUGAAAAGGAUCACGGGUCAUUUCUGAACUUUACAGGGGAGCAGUUGCCAUGGUGACCCUGAUCAUCACAGUGCUGAGUAGGAAGAUUAUGAGAAGUAUUAACUGAUCCUAAUGGCUGUUCAGUCAGUCCUCAUUAACUUUGACUAUGCAAACUUGACCGUAUCAGUGGUUUAGACGCUUAGUGUUACGCUUUAUUCUAGUUCUUUUUACUAGAUGAUAUCUUGUAUACAGGGGGGUCCUCGGUUUACGACAUCAUAGACCUACGGCUUUUCAUCGUUAAGUCGGAACUGGUUACGUGGAACUAGUUGGCAAGUGGAGCAGAUGAAUACGUCGUCACACGCCGCUAUAAGACGGAUUUGUUUACAUUCUCCAGUUGUACCUUGGAUUGUGCUACAUUCGCUAACUUUUUGCCCUUCAUUCUGGCUCCCAAGCGUAAGUCAGACUCUUCUGAAUGCAUCUCCAUGGAAGUGAAAUUAGAUAUAAUGAAACACUUGGAACAGGGCGAAACACCGGCGAACAUCGAUCAAGUUGUAAAAACAGUGCAACAUAUUGUACCGACCCUCUGUGAUGAAUGAGUGAGACUUAAUCUCCCUCUCUCGUUGUUUAUUGAGCCUCCACACAGGCUACUGUGGCCGUAGCUAAUGCCAAAAUAACUACAAAAACCCUAAAACUUAGCUUCAGAAUUAGUCACCGUUCCCAGCUCUCUCUUGCUCGACAUACAAGCACGGCACGGAGCAACACACACACACACACACACACACACACACACACACACACACACACACACACACAGAGCAACACACAUGCUACUGCUGACUCUCAGCCUAUCAGAGGUGAGCUAACCAAACAUGGCAUGUUCACUGACAUUAGGUAAAUCUUGAACUGAACAAUAAACAUUGAAACCUCAACAUUCACAACAAUAUCAGUCCAUUACAAUUUCUGUUAUGUUCUUGUAGAAUGACUCACACAUGCAUAAAAGUUGUUAGUAUUCAUGAAUAUUACGAAGAACUGAUCAUAACGUGAUGUACGUAACAGCUUUGUUGACAUUUUCACGGGAGUUCUGACUUAUGGUAAAAAUCAACUUACAUCACACCAUAGGAACAGAACUCCGACUUAAGUCGAGGACCACCUGUAUUUUAUCAAAGUAGAACUCAAUUAUCUGGGAGAAAUUACACUUGAUUUAUUAUUAAGAGAUGAACUUCAAGUGUUUGUAUGUGAAUUAAUAGGGGGUGCUGUGCAGCUUUUCAUCUAGAUAAUAAACUGUAGCUACAGUGUGCUGUAGCUGAGUCGUGGUAAAAUGUAAACAUAUUAUAUAUAAUUGCUAUAAUGGCACAUCAGAGUGUCCCAGCUAAAAUUGCAAAGCUGGGUUUUAGAAGGUUUUAGCAGAAAAUCACGGACUGUAUAUAAAGAUGGAUGAUUCAUCGCAGUUUCCCCCUACUGUAAAAACUGAAGCCACAAUAUGAUGGAAUUGGGCACUAGCAUGUUGUAGAUGUAGACACUCCUUCAGCUGGAGUCUGGACUGUUUACACUGAUUAAAACUCGAUGUUUUUUUUUAUAGAUUAAAAAGAUCUUGUUUGUUGUGUAGCUUUCUAGUGACAUCUCAUCUACUUCCUUCCCAUGGAUUGGUUGUGCGGGCAGUUUGCUAGCUUUAACAUUAGCAUUAAAGAUCCCAUGUGGUGAAAAUCUA